AUGCGUACGAAGAGCCUUUCAUGGACGAGUUCAGAUUGUCGACACAGCAAGCGCCGUUGCACCCAACGGGUUGCACCCAACGGUGAAGCAAGCAACAAAGCCUACGACUCUGCGAGCCACUGUAUGCCUGGGGGUGAGCCCGCUACCUCCUCCGGCCUCAGGAGGAGUUGGCCAAGCGGGACACGAACACCGCGACUCAGCCAGGAUGACUUGCCAACCCCCACAACGACGUCCAAAGACGACCCGUGCUGCCUUUCUUGGGACCUACACGAGGCCGCUGCCACCCGCGGGGGGGGCGAAGCAGUUCGGCGUUGGUGCUUGGGUGGCGGUGAUCCCGGGUUAGACCAGUGGGGCAAUUCGGCGCUCCACGUCGCCUCACACGAGGGUCAUGUUGACACCGUAAGCGUACUCCUGCGCUACCAAGCACAAAUCGACCAAAGGAACAGGGGCCAGGAGACCCCGCUUCACUUAGCUUGUCGGCAAAGCCACGCGCCGGUGGUCCGCCUGCUACUGGAAAACGGAGCAGACCCGAGGAGCGAAGACGUAUGCGGGAGAACGCCAUUCGAUCUCUGCCGUGACCAAGAACCAGGAAACCAGAUCGCGGACUCGCUUCGUCGAAGCGAGCAGCUCAAGGAGCUUGGGUCGCUCAAACGCCGGGUGCACAUCCAAGUGUGCCACGACAACAUGAGCGGAGUUGACAAGCUGCUGGAGAUCGGCGGGUCGAUUGACGUCAGGGACACCGCGCAACGCACGCUGUUGCAUCGAGCCUGCGAGGAGGCAAGCAUCGCCACGGUGUCCAGGCUUUUGGAGCUCGGAGCCACCGUGAACGCGACUGAGAAACGCAAGCAGACGCCACUCCAUCGUGCUUGCGAGCGGGGCCGCCUGGAAAUAGUCAGGUUAUUGGUCGAGAAGGCAGGAGCUGACAGUCGCGCCCGGGCGAAGGUCAUGCACGAGCCGCUGCAUGUGGCGUGUCUCGGAAACUGGGGGCAGGUGGUGAAGUUCUUGCUCAGCGAAGGGAACGUGGACGUUGAGGCAGCCGACAAGAACGGCAUGAGGAGCCUGCACCUGGCCGUCCAAAGGAACAGGCUGGAGGUCAUACGGGAGUUGCUCAAGCACGGGUGCGACGUCGAGGCCACGAUGCCUGACGGGCUCACGCGACCCCUGCACAUGGCUUGCGCUAGCGGGUACGAGAAGGCCGCAACACUCCUGCUGGACCACCACGCCGACAUCGGCGCAAUAGGUCCCAAAGGGCAUCGUCCCCUACACCUGGCUGCCAAGGAGGAGCGAGCCGUCAUUGUUGAGCUUUUGAUAGGGCGAAAAGCGGAUUUGCAUGCCAAGGAUGACAGGGGGCGAGACGCUCUGCACUACACCGACAGCCGGAGGUGCAAGGAAAGGAUUCGGGAGGCGCAGCGGAGGGAGGAGAGGGCUGCCGAGGCGCAGAGGCAGCUGGCUCUCCAGAAGAAGAGGGACGACGAAAACCGGCGAAGGGAGCAGGAGCUGCUGGACAGGGUCGACCUGCGGGCGAGAGCACGGCGAUAG